ACUGUAGGUGAGCCAGGAUGUUAGAUGUGUGUAUUUGUGAUGCAGGUGGAUAGCUACAUCUGCCACAUGUGUGGCCGUGGAGACGGGGACGAGUACAUGCUGCUCUGUGAUGGUUGUGACGACGCCUUCCAUACCUACUGUCUGAUCCCACCCCUACAAGAGGUCCCUAAAGGGGAUUGGCGAUGUCCUCGGUGCAUUCAACAGGUGUGCGGUAAACCACAGGGUCCCUAUGGGUUUGAACAGGCAAAGAGAGAGUACAGUCUGCAGUCCUUUGGAGAGAUGGCAGAUCAGUUCAAAUCCAACUACUUCAGUAUGCCAGUUCAUAUGGUCAGCUGCGAGGCAGUGGAGAAGGAGUUCUGGCGCCUGGUAAACUGUAUUGAGGAAGAUGUGUGUGUACAGUAUGGUGCUGAUAUCCACGCGGCCGACAUGGGCAGUGGCUUCCCCACCAAGGACAAUAAAGACAUGUUCCCUGAAGACGAGGAAUACAUUAAUUCUGGUUGGAACCUGAACAAUCUACCUGUUCUAGAACAGUCAGUUCUCUGCCACAUCAAUGCUGACAUCUCUGGAAUGAAGAUUCCCUGGUGUUAUGUUGGGAUGUGCUUCUCCAGCUUCUGUUGGCACAAUGAGGACCACUGGAGCUACUCUAUCAAUUAUCUCCACUGGGGUGAGCCUAAGACAUGGUAUGGGGUUCCGGGCGAGUGUGCCGACCAGUUCGAGGAUGCCAUGAAAGCCAAUGCUCCCGAGCUGUUUGAGCAUUCACCAGAUCUGUUGCAUCAAUUGACCACCAUUAUGAACCCAAAUAUACUCAUGGACAUGGGUGUCCCGAUUGUUAGAACCAACCAGCAUGCGGGAGAAUUCAUUGUUACCUUCCCACGGGCCUAUCACGCUGGAUUCAACCAAGGCUACAACUUUGCGGAGGCAGUCAACUUCUGUCCAGCUGACUGGCUACCCAUUGGUAGGGCCUGUAUUGACCACUACAGAAGCUUGAAUCGCCAGUGUGUCUUCUCCCAUGAGGAGUUGGUGUGUAAGAUGGCUGCUGAUCCUGACAACCUUGACCUCAAGGUCGCUGCUUGUACCCACCAUGAUUUACUGGGAAUCGUUGAGAAGGAGAAACAGCUACGCAAGAAGCUUCUAGACAGAGGUACCAUGGAGGCUGAGCGUGAGGCAUUUGAGUUAUUACCUGAUGAUGAGCGGCAAUGUGACUCAUGUAAAACAACCUGUUUCCUGUCCGGAGUCACCUGCCCUUGUAGUCCUAACAAGCUGGUGUGUAUUCAUCAUGUGGAGAUGCUGUGCGAUUGUGACCCGUCACGUCACUGCCUCCGCUACAGGUACACACUGGACGAGCUCCCAGCCAUGCUGUACAAACUCAAGGUUCGCGCAGAGUCCUUUGACAACUGGACUAGCAAAGUGGGCGAGGCAUUGGAAGCCGCAGGGGAUGAUCGACUGGGUGAGUUGACAUUAUUGAAGCAAGUCUUGUCAAUGAAAUCUGUGUUAUUUUGCAAUAUAGAUGUUGUAAGUUGAAU